AUGCUAACUGCUACUUACUGCCAUCCAGAGCCACAGGACGAAGAUACGAAGGAGCUUUGUCUUCCGGCUAGGAAUACCAGUACCAAUUCCAAUACUAGUAUCCACCCCGCAACCUCGACCACCAACUCGGACGUAAUUACAACGCAAGACGAACAGCCUCUCAAAUCGGAGGCUGAAAAUCUAGAAGAGAAGAUAUACGAGGUGGUCGCCCAGACGUCCUCCAGUCCCGAUGACACAACGACCACCACCUUCAUCCCCGAUCCUACGCUCAGCCUACCGGGUUGGAGAAAGAUCGCCAUAGCGACGUCUUUGUGUCUGGUAGCUUUCAUACUGGGUUUUGAAAGUAGUAUUACUAGUGCGCUUGUUGGUCCUAUUAUCCAGAUGUGGCAUGUGGUGCCGCCGCUUGCUUUGUUGAACGUAUCCAUCUUUUUGAAGGGCUGGUCCUUUGGCACCGCAUUCUUCGGCCCUAUUUCGGAAGCCUACGGUCGUCAAUAUCCUUUGUCCACUGGUCUCUUCCUCUUCAUCGUCUUUCAGAUCCCUACCGCAUUAGCAAAGAAUAUCCAGACACUUCUUGUAUCUAGGUUUCUUACGGGAUUCUUUGGCUCUGUACCCUUGGUAACGGUGUAUGCGAUUUUUGGGGAUGUAUUAGGGGUGAGGAAGAGGGAGUGGGCGAUGUUAUGUUUCGGGACGAGUUUGCUUGUUGGAGCUUGUCUAGGUCCAAUUGCUGGCGCCUAUCUCGUUGUCACACACCCUGCAACCCGUCGGAACCAUGACGGUUGGCGUUGGACGGAAUACACGACGAUCAUCAUGUCCUUCAUUAUCUACCUCACCAUAUUUAUCAUUCCAGAGACUUGCCCUCAUCGGCUCCACAAUAUGCGAGCCAAGAAGAUGCACCCGACAAAUCAUGAGGAGAUGACGGACCGCGCCGCCGAACGACACCGCACAUCACCCAAACGUCUAAUCGACGUAUGGUUGAACCGGCCAUUCAUCAUGCUCUUCACAGACCCACUCCUUUUUCUAAACACCCUCCACUCCGCGCUCGCUCUGGGCAUCCUGUACAUAACCUUCGAAACUUUUAUGCUUCCCUUCCUCCAAACCCGACACUGGCUGCGUCCCGACACUUCCUCCCUCCCACCAUACGUUACCAUGACCCUCGGCAUCCUCUGUGGCACAACAAUAACCAGCUACUUCAUCCUCACCUUCAUCACUCGCUACUUUGAAAAAUACGGCAAAAUGAAAAAGCCUGAAACACGCCUCCUCCCCGUCCUCCUAGGCGCCCUCCUCCUCCCCUCAGGACUAUUUUGGUUCGCAUGGACGAACUCCCGCACCCAGCACUGGCUUUCACAAGCCGCAUCCUGCAUUUUCAUCGGCGCAGGCGUCCUGCUCAUUACCCAGCAGAGCGAGGCAUAUACGCUUGAAAUCUAUAAGCCCGAGUAUAGGAAUAGCGUGUUAACGGCGACGGUCUUUUUGAGGAGUUUGUUUGCAGCGGGGUUUACGAUGGCGAGUCGGCCUAUGUAUGAGAGGCUGCAUGUGGAUUGGGCGACGAGUGUUUGGGGAUUUGCGAGUUUAGGCUUGGGAAUUUGUCCAGUAGUAGUUUGGGGGUGGGGGGAGAGGUUGAGGAGGAGGAGUAGGUAUGUGACGGAAGGCCAGGCGGUGGACGGCGGGAAUGUGAAUGGGGAUGGGAGGGAAGUAUGA